GCCGGGGCCGGGCCCGGGGGGCUCCGGGGGGCCCGGGGGGCUCCUCGGCUUCGGGCCCGGCCCCGCCGCCGCCUACUUCCCCGAGGAGCGCUGGAACCCCGAGUCGCCGCUGCGGCCGCCGCGCGUGGCCGUGGCGCUGCUGGCGCGGAACGCGGCCCACGCGCUGCCCUUCGUGCUGGGGGGGCUCGAGAGGCUGCGGCACCCCAAGGACAGGAUGGCGCUCUGGGUGGCCGUGGAUCACAGCGUGGACAACACGUCGGCCCUGCUGCGGGAGUGGCUGGGCCGGGUCCGGGGGCUCUACCACCGGGUGGAGUGGAGGCACCAGGAGGAGCCACGGUCGUACCCCGAUGAGGAGGGUCCCAAACACUGGAGCCCCUCGCGCUACGAGCACGUGAUGAGGCUGCGCCAGGAGGCCCUCGAGGCGGCCCGGGCCAUGUGGGCCGACUACCUGCUGUUCCUGGACGCCGACAACGUGCUGACGAACCCGGACACGCUGGGGCUGCUGAUGGCCGAGAACAGAACCGUGGUGGCCCCGAUGCUCGACUCCCGCGCCGCCUACUCCAACUUCUGGUGCGGGAUGACCCCCCAGGGCUAUUACCGCCACACCUCUGCGUACCUGCCCCGUUCCUGGUGUAAUUCCCGGUGUCAUUUCCAUUCCCAGGGCUAUUACCACCAUACCCCUGCGUACCUGCCCCAUUCCCGGU